AAUAUUUUAUACAGUGCAAUUAUAUUAAAAGCAUUUUAUUGAAAUUCUUAAAAGAAGGCAAAAUUCCAAGUGUCCCAUAUGACAAAGAAUGGAUUCUGCCAUUGAUACACAAUCAACAACAAGUGAAAAUAGUAUUGUAUCUUCACAUGAAUCGAUCAUAACUAUAAAUCGCGAUUUAACUCCCGCGAAAGCGAUGAACAUUAAUAAUAACAAUUUAAUAACAAAUAAUAACAAUAAUAUAAAAAAUAGUCCACCACACAGUAAACACAGCCCAACUUACAACAAUAAUAACAACAAUCACAGCAGCAGCAACAUGAAUACAACAACACUGCUGAUGCAUCAUCAGCAGCAACAACAACAACAGCAACAACAACAGAAUGGCUCACGUGACAACAGUAGCCGCGGCGGUGGUAUCGAUGAACGUACCAAUGGACGUAGCUCACACACUGGACGCGGUUCUAGUUGCUCACCGGCCAGCUCACCGACACGUCAUCCCAGCGCUGUCAGUCCGGUUACUUCGCUCAAUCACACAAUGAUGCAGCAAAUGCAACAACAACAUCAUCAAUUAAGUCCGCCACCACAUGUUGGCGGCGUACCGACACCAAAUGGUCUGCCCGCAGGUUUACCACCACGCAUGCCACACGGACUGCCACCACAUUCAUUGGGUUUGCUCAAUUCAUUACAAAUGAUGCAUCAUGCAUCACCGUUAGAACUGAUGGCCGCCGCACAUCAUCAUGUACCGCCACGCUCCUAUAAUAGUCCACCACCGAUCUCGACUUCCGAUCCAAGCGCCAACGAAUGCAAACUCGUAGAAUAUCGUGGCCAAAAAGUAGCUGCCUUCAUAAUAAGCGGCGAAACCAUGCUAUGCUUACCGCAAGCAUUCGAGCUCUUCCUCAAACAUCUCGUCGGCGGUCUGCAUACCGUCUACACAAAACUAAAGCGCCUCGACAUAGUGCCACUGGUCUGCAAUGUGGAACAGGUGCGCAUCCUACGCGGCUUGGGCGCCAUACAGCCCGGCGUAAAUCGCUGCAAGCUACUGUCGUGCAAGGACUUCGAUGUGCUUUAUCGGGACUGUACUACUGCCAGAUGCUUAUCAAUCAAGCCACCUGAGAGUAACUCUCUGCAAUUCCGCAGUUCCAGACCGGGUAGACCGCCGAAACGUGGCCCAGUAGGCCUAUCAUUACCGCCAACACAUUUAUCACAACAUCCGCAAUUGAAGAAACAUCGUUUGGAUAACGGCGACUACGCUUACGAGAAUGGACAUAUAAGUGAUAUGAAUCGUUUAGAGAAAUCUCCACUUUUAGCUAACGGCUAUAAUCCUCCUCCCAUUAAUCACAUGGCAUUUAUGCAAAUGAAUCAUCAUCCUGGUUCGGCGUUAAUGUCGCCGGGUAUGCCACCUCAUGGAUUGCACGCACGACCCGAUAGUCAAAUGCUUAAGGCCGCCGCACAGAGCGGCAUGUCUGCCGCAAAUAUGGAUGCACUGGCACGUUCCGGCAUUUGGGAAAAUUGUCGGGCCGCAUAUGAGGAUAUUGUCAAACAUUUAGAACGCUUACGUGAAGAACGCACGGAUGAACGGCAGCAAAUCAGCAGCAGCGUUGGUAGUGAUCCAAAAGUUAGAGACCUAAGUUCACGUAAUUGUUCACCAAAUCGUCAAAGUCCCGUUUUGAAUUUGUCUAAAUCCGGAGGUAAUACGGAUCAUGGCAGUAUUUGUGAUGAUCGUAGUGAACGCAGCGAAAUGCAUUCCCCAAUGCAUUCGGCGCGAGAAGGUAGCGUUGGUGGUGUUAGCCGUGGAGCAAUUGGUGUUGAUGAUGAGGACGAGGAGAAUCUCAGCGAUGCGUCGGAAGUCGAUGAACGCAUUGGCAAAGAUGAUGAAGAUUUGAGUGACACCGAACGUGAUAAUCUUUCAACUGCAUCACAGCGUCAUCUACAUCAUCAUGGCGGCACAAAUACCGUCGGCGAACAUCGCGGUAGCGGUAAUAGCGGUGUCAGUGAACGCGACAACAAUGCUCACAGUGGUCUUCAGCAAUCACCUGUACCAACGCACAAUGCCGCUGCAGUGGCCGCAUUACAGCAGCAUCAACGUGCACUUAAUUAUUCAACAUUAGCUGCCGCUGCUGCGGUAGCCAAUGGUGGCGGCGGCCCCGGUACAAAUUCGGCAUUGCCAAAUGGUCCAACAGCGGGCGCCUUGACACCAAAUGAAGCUUCCAUUUUAGCUGCAAAUGAUGCGACUGCAGCCGCAGCACUUGCUGGUGGCUUAGGGCUUGGUCCACUUGCCAUGGAUCCACAUGGUGGUGCACCUUCGUCAACCGAAACAUUAUUGCGCAACAUUCAAAGUCUUCUUAAGGUUGCUGCCGAUAAUGCUCGCCAACAGGAGCGGCAAAUCAGCUACGAAAAAGCUGAACUUAAAAUGGACGUUCUGAGAGAGCGUGAAGUCAAAGACUCAUUGGAAAGGCAACUGGUCGAUGAACGCAAACUGAGAGUUUUGUACCAGAAGCGGUACCGGCGUGAACGCAAAAUGCGCAUGCGCUACCAGCAACAAAUGGACGGCAGUAAACGUAAGAGCUCUAUGCAUUCAUCAAUCAAUGUGGUUGGCGGCGGCGGCGGCGUUGCUGGUAGUGCCGAUGAAGGUCGCAGCAACAACAGUACGGGUGAUUCAAUGCAGUGUAAAAACGGCAGCACGGAAGCCUCACGUAAAAACGAACAAGAUAACGAUUGCAAAUUGAGUGAAAAGUCUGAGAAAUCCUUAAACUCCAACGAUGGCUGCGUACAAACACAACUACACCAACUCCAACAACAACAGCUGCAGCAACAACAGCAUCAGCAACAGCAACAUCAACGCCACUUACGUCAACGUUCCGAAAGUCCAAACUUUAAGCGUGAACCACUCACAGAUCACGACAGUCAAAUGGAUCGACGCAGUGCUGAUCGCCUGGAACGUUGCGCCGAACGUUUGGAACGUUUAGAACGUGAACAUUGUGAUCGCGAACGCAGCAGCGAUCGUGAGAAUAACGCAACACUAAAUAUCACACCCACAACACAAGCAGAGGGUAGUCUGGCGGCAGCUGCAGCAGCGGCGGCAGCAGCAGCUGCUAGCAAUGGAAAAGCGCCAUGGAAUUAUCCAGGCAUCGAUUUGAUGGCUACCGGUGCCUUCUGGCAAAAUUAUUCCGAAUCGCUCGCUCAAGAAAUCGAAAUGGAGCGUAAAUCGCGUGCUGCCAAUGCCGAGCGAGAUGUCAAAAGUCCUCUACCAGAUAGACAACAGGCAUACUACAAAAAUUCUGUACUAUUUGGCAGUGCGAAUUAAGGCAAGGCACCCGUUAUUUGUUUUUUUUUUUUGAAUUUUGUUUUAAUUUGUUAACAAUAAUUUGAACUCCCUGUGCUCUUUCUAAAAGAGUUGUAAGCUAAAAAAUAAUUACAAAAAAAAUUGUUAUUAAAGAAGUGAUUAUUUUAAAAAAAUAUUGUGAUUUUCCGACGGCAAAAUUUAAUUAUUAGCUUUGGUAGUAAGUAAUAGUGAAACGUUAUCUUUUAUAUGCAUUAAAUAUACAUAAAGAUAUACAUUAAUAUUAAAUAGAAAAUCGAGGGUAAGAAUAAAAGGUAUUUAGCAAGUUUUACAUGAUCUCAAAGUGCAAUCAAGACAGCUUAACAGUAAAUAAAACAAAAAAAUUAUUAAUAAAAUGUAACAGAAUAAACAAAAAAAAAAAAAAAUUAAGUAAAUACUUAAAGAACAAAACUUAAACUUAUAGUAGAAAUUUGUAGUAUACGAAAUACUUAUGAAAAUAUUUUGAAAAAAUAUUUUAUUUAAAUUGUGUAA